AUGCGGACGGCAGGGAAGUGUCAUGGACGAACGGGCGUUCAAUCGAAGAGACAUUCCUUGCAGCGCCCACCGGCAAGUGACGGAGAUGCCCAACGACCGACACGGACCAGACGCAAGGACAUGGCCCAUCGGCAGCGUGACGCUGAUUCCGUGGCGAUCCGCUCUCCACCCAACUCGCAUAGCGCACUACGCGCCACGCACCCCAAUCGGGUAACGUAUAGCACUCACUACGAGAACUGGAAGAAUGUGACGACUAUUUCGCGUCCAUUUCCCGUGCUGCCAUGGAGUAUCGGUAUGCCAGACAUGGACAACGUGUGCUUGUCCUUUUACCAUUCCGUGAUGUGUACCGUCGGGGUGACCGUUGAUGAUGAGCACUUCAACCCCCUCCGCAGCACGGUGAUGCGUCUCGUGUUUCGGACUGAGACAGCGUAUUAUGCCGUUCUCAUGGCCAGUGCACAUUACCUGCGAUCAGUUGAGAGUAGGUUCGAAUUAAUGGAAAUUCAGAUUCGCUCGAGGGUUCUAAGGGGCUUGCGGCGAGCCCUGAUGAAAGAUAAGUUGGAUUGGGAGGACCUGCUGGUGCCGACGAUCUUUCUUUGUUCUUCGGCGAUCUCUAGCAGCUGCGACGGCUCCUGGGCAAAGCAUCUCGCCUGUUUCCAGUUGAUCGUGAAGGAGAUGGCCCGUGGCCACAGAAAGGCUCCCCCUAUGCCACAAUUCUUCAUCAGCUACUUCUCUGCGCAUCUCGUGCUGGCUAAAUCAGUGUUCUCAAUUGAGGACACCCUGCCUGUCGGUGAAAUACCAACCACCCCUAUUAGCCCCACCUCCUUAGCCAGCUCGACGAACACCGAAAGGGUAUCAUGGACUUCCACCAAGGAUCUUGCCAAGGUGAUGCCAGCGGACACACUCCAUGAAAUUGACGUGUGGAACGGCCUCAGCAGCCACAUGUUACUGCUCAUUAACGAGAUUCUGACUCUUAAGCACGAUGCCCAAGUACUCCGUGACCAAUCGUUAGAUCCAUCCACACCCCAGAUAGCGGUCAAGCAGAAACAAGCCGCAAUUGCGGAUAAGAUCACAAACUUGGAAGCAAGUCUAGCUACCACAACACAGAUAAUCCCCGUCUCGUUAUACAAAGACCGCAGUCCUACCGAAUCCAGACAUGGAUUCCGCUUACUCAAAAGCACAAGCGAGGCCUAUCGCCUGGCGUCCUACCUGCUCCUAUCAGAGGCAGUUUGUCCUCGAUUCCUUGGGUAUACCUCCACCGCUACCCCGAGUAUUGAGCGGCUCAGGGAUCAGGCCCAGAGGGCACAAUACGUCGACCGCAUCUUUCACCUGGCGAACUACGUUGUAUCCUCGGUGGAUCACCUCCCCAUAUCCUGGCCUCUAUGGCCGCUCUUUAUUGCUUCCUGUUGCUGCUCACAAGACGAGAAAAGUAGAGCUAUGAGGAUAUUUCGCGCCGCCAGAGACAAAGCCCCAUACGAGAAUAUUCCUCGAGCGCAGACGUUAGUCGAACUACUCUGGCAGCGCAGGGACAUGCAGACGGAGUCGCACAACACCGUGCGGGUUGGUCGGUUCGAGUGGGAAUCUGCGAUGGAGUUUCUUGGUUGGCAGACAAGCUUUGCCUAA